GGACCUGACAGGAGGUUUGGCUCACGCAGCUCUGACGUCCUGGAUCAAAGCUGAUAAUGAAUCUCACCGGCUCCAACGUGCGUUCUGCUCCCAUUUAACGGCGAGCAGCGCCGGCGGCUCCAGAGUGUUCGCUCUGUAACUGUGCACCUGCAUCUCUUCUCUUCUCGCUGGCUGAUUCGUGUCCCAUCAGUUGGUUUUCAGAACAAACGCUCUCCAGUUGAAACCCAUAAACGAGGGACAGGCCUGGAAGGAAUCAAAAAGCAGAAGAGGAGAAAAACACACAACACACGCGCUCGUGUGUCUUUGAGGACGAGGGGAUAUGAAAUAAGUGCAGUUGUGCAGAUUCCAGCCCGCAGAGAGUCGCUGCCUCUUCCUCCUCCACGCGGGAGCUCCGUGGGUCUCCCCGUCCGCGUCCGCGUCCCCUCCCACUCCGCGCACACGGGGAGGAGGAGGGACGACCCGGCGCCCACGUCACAGGCGGCUUCGCUAUUUAAACUUGAAUCAAGCGGGGAGGGAGGUUUUCACGGCCGCACAGCGUUGCCUAGCAGCUGGGCUCUGGAUACUUCACGCUUCACGUCGGAACCCGCGGACGUUUCCCCGCACACUUCGCCCGUCAUCUGCGUGUCUCGCACUCAAAUACGCUCAACAUGCUCCGGACCGUGACGCUGAAGGGACCGUCUCCGUGGGGGUUUCGCCUGGUGGGAGGACGGGACUUCAGCACGCCGCUAACGAUCUCCAGGAUAACAGCCGGCAGCAAGGCGGCCCUCGGAGACCUGUGCGCCGGCGACGUCAUCCUGAUGAUCAACGGCGACAGCACAGAGCAGAUGACGCACAUGGAGGCUCAGAACAGGAUCAAGACCUGCACCCAGCACCUCACGCUCAGCAUCUCCAGGGGUGGUUCAGGAGACAGAGUGUGGUCGCCGACUGUUAGCGAAGAUGGCAAGACAAGCCCUUACGCGGAGCCUGACUCACAGAAUUUCCAUCCCAUUUCCAGCGGAUACGCCGGGUACAGCCGCAAACCUUCCUACACUCCUGAACCUCCGUCCCCGCCUGCUCAGCCCGCGUACCUCAACAACGGACACUCCAGAGCCAACAACGUCCACAGCUACGGAUACGGAAAUGGAAAUGGAACUGGGCACGCUCAGUACAACAAUCCCUCAGGACUCUAUUCUCACAACGGCAGCAAUGGAGACAGAUCGCUGCCGAGCAAGAUGAGCGGCCUGAGCCUCAGUGCCACACACAGCCCAGAGCCUCCUAUACACUCCCCUGUCGGCCGUAAUGGCGUCGACACACAGUCAGAUGUCUACAGGAUGCUGCAGGACUAUGAAGAGCCUGCCUCCGAACCCAAACAGUCCGGUUCGUUCAAAUACCUGCAGGAAAUCCUGGAGGCCGAAGAUGGAGGUGUGUCCCCAACAGAGAGAAUGAGAAACCUAAAGUCUCCAGUCAGGUCUCCAAUCCCCAAGCUGGGAAGCCCCAUCCCGAGCCCCAUGUCCGGCCUCCAGAAGCUGCCCCAGUGCACGCGCUGCUGUAGCGGCAUUGUCGGCACCAUUGUGAAGGCCAGGGACAAGCUCUACCACCCCGACUGCUUCAUGUGCGACGACUGCGGCAUCAACCUCAAGCAGCGCGGCUACUUCUUCAUCGAGGACAAUCUGUACUGUGAGACCCACGCCAAGGCGCGCGUCCAGCCCCCCGAGGGCUACGACGUUGUUGCCGUGUACCCCAACUCCAAGGUGGAGCUAGUCUGAGGCGGAGGCGCAGCUGCCUGUGUUAUAAGUGAACUGGGAAACCUUAUAAUGGGGCUACUGGGAAUCCUAGCCUUCAUUUAUCAGGUUCUGUCAGGCAGGAAUGCUGAUAUUGGAUCGAUUUUACCUUUCAGAGACUGCUACAAAAUUAUUUUCAGCUAUUUGAGAUCAGAAUUUCUCCACUGACAGACCUGGUAAAUGCUUUGUAUAGAAUAAGGCUCGGGUCUCAUGAGAAACCCAAAACCCUAACCUAUUAAAAAGCUAACAUGUCAUAUCUCAACCUGACAGCCCCAUCACUCCAUCCCAGAUACAAGACAACCUGUUAAAGUGAGACUUUAUAAUUGUGUUCUGGUGCAUUAGCUUUUACUGGGCCGUGAAUAGUGAGGGAUUUUGCAAAUGUGCAAGGUGAAAAAACUGAAACCAUCUGAAUCCACAAAAAACUGGGUGAUGAAUUGAAGUUGCUAGUGAUUAGCUCCAUGUGGCGAUAAGUCAAGUCAUGGCGACACCAAUUAGUGAGUUACAGUAAGAGAACAUAUAGAGCAUAUGUUCCACAAAAGUCCUGAGAGCCCUCAUGUAGUCGGUCCUAACACCAAAAGCAGUGGGUCCAAAUGUGACUCAAAGAAUUACAUAGUCUUGGUCACAAAACAUGUUCAGUUCUGAAAUGACUCCUCGUCUGUUUUUCUAACAAACAGCUUCUUGAUUUAUGACCAGACAAAUCUCCAGUGUCCCCUCACUCAAGCAUUAAUACUUAAGUGUGUGUGAUGUACGUUACCACAGGUUUUCAGCUCGGUGGUGGUUAUUCAGUCGACCCAUUCGUGGUUUAAGCUUGGAUUGAGAGCUUUUUUGGUUGGGUCUCAUUGUUUCAUUAACUCUCUUGCAGUGACACAUUUUCUCCUGUUGCGGUUGGACUUUUGCAUUUGAAUUGUACAUGUACACAGUUCACUUUACAGACUUUACAGAGUCCUAAACAAACAUCUCUGUGGUAUUCAUUCACUGUUGUUAGCUGUGUUAGGUCAAGUACUAAUUCAUUUUAAACAGAAGUUACAGGUAAAGUUUUAGUCCCACACGAUUGAAACUUCAGUUUCUAGUCUUGUUGAUGAAUGUAUCCAAUAACAACAUUUUCUAAAGGCGUGGUGGACAAGAGUCCUCUGACUAAAACACUUCUGGGUCGUGCACCUGACUGAGAGGAGAACAUGCUGAAGAGUUCACGCAGUCUGUUUAAUAAAAACAUGGUUGACACAUGUUUUCUCGGCCCCUCGUGACGACUUUUUAAAAUGUUCCCGUGUAUCAGAAACAGACAGAGAUCCGACAGUAGAAAACUAAAAAGUCAUAAACCGGGGCUGGACAGCCGGCAACAUGUGGGAAUAAUAUCCACUUUGUUUAGUUUCUCCAAACCACUGCGUCGAUGCAUUACUGUGGCUCCAUGGGUGAGGGAAAAAGACAGAAGUUGGAAAUCUGCAUAGUUGUCUCCCCUUCCUACUAUGAAUUCAGAUUUUUAGUCACAGCCAAGUCCAUGAAAUAUGAUUGUACACGUCCUCAGAGAGGCGAGAAAGUGAAACGAGGGGCCGCCAUUUAUUUCACUCUCUUGACAGAAUCCAAAAACGAAAAUAAGAUGCCGUGAAACUGCAGCAUGUGCUCAUCAGUCGUAGUUCCUCUAAGCAAACCUUUGAACUUCUGAUUUGAAUAAGAUUCAAUUAACACAUAGACAUCGACAGUAGCUGCUGAUGUCGUCGAUAGUAGUGACUUGUAAAUUAUGUGAAGAUUAUAUUGGUGCCACAGUUUCUUUGGUGUUGUACAUAUUUGUUUUACCAUUAAACUCAUGCCUUCCACACCCUCUGUCUUUAACUUUGACACAAACCUUUUUCUUAACUUAUUGCUUUAGCGACACCUGUUUUUCCUGGGUAAUUACUUUUUUUCUAGGAUCUAAAUAAAAUGACGAGUUACAGUA